AUGGCAUGGGUCAACAACAACAAGCGCAAUGCUCGCUUCAAUCCAAAUCGCCGAGACGACCGGCUGCUGGAUGCAGAGGUGACAGCGCGGCGGCAGCCGCGGCCGCAAAAACCUGCUGAAGAUGACGAAUCUGACAGUGAGGAGCUGAUCAACACUGAGCCAGAGUUCGUCCUUAGCAUGGAAAGCGACUCCCGCGUGGACUGGCUGCAAAUGGCCCUUAUGCAAGCGGCUGAAGGGAAGCUAAAGGCACCUGCACUUUACGAGGUCAUGAAGCACAAGGCUUUUGUGCCCAGCGAAGCCACUCACCGGAGCAAGCUGAAGGCCAUGUUGUCUGCCAACCUGCAUCUCUUUAGUGGAAAGCAGAAGAAGGCACUGGAAGAAGCAGCGAACAGCUGGGGUUCCGAUGGAAGCAAAAUUGGCAAAAGCAGCAAGGGACGACGCGCAAGCAGCGGAAGCAGCAGCAGCGGCAGCAGCAGCAGUAGCAGCUCAAGUCGAAAAGCAAGCAAGAAGGAGGUGAAGGAAGUGGCGAAAACAUCUGCAGAUACAGCAGAUCGGCGACGCAGUCGGAGCGCUCGCAAGAAGCGUUCCAGCAGUGAUAGCAAGCCCCGGAAGACCAGCAAAGAGGCUGGUAAAGAGAAAGACAAGGCAAAAGACAAGGACAAGGCCAAGGACAAGAAGGAGAGCAAGGACAAGAAGGAGGGCAAGGGAAAGAAGCCGAGCAAGGACAAGAAGGAAGACAACAGCAAGGACAAGAACAAGGAGAAGAAGGAAGACAAUAGCAAGGACAAGAACAAGGAGAAGAAGGAAGACAAUGGCAAGGACAAGAACAAGGAGAAGAAACGCCGAAGUUCCAGCACAUCAGCUUCAAAAAAGAAGCGUUCGCGAUCGCGGUCCAAGGGUCGGCGUAAGCGGUGA